AGUAUUUUUAGGUCAAUGUCCAGAAUUCACCCUUUUUGUUGAUCUUCCAGUUGUCCUGUGAAUAAUAAUUGUUGUUGAGCACGCUGUUCAGUGACGAAGGUAAUAAUAAUACUUGCGCAAGGACGCUGCCUCGCCCGCCUGACGACCAGUGCCCGCCCAAAAAAAAACCCAGCCCACCUCACCGUCUAUCACCGCCGCUGUGAUAAGUUAGCUCGCAGCUGCAAAUUCCUCCCCUCCGCAACCCAUCAUCCGCUCCAUUCUCUCUCCUCCACCCACCUUUCAACCCGCCAUACCAUCUUCCAUCACCUAAAUCUUCUCCCACAAUGAGUGUUGUCGGCAUAGAUUUCGGUGCGCAGAGCACCAAGAUUGGUGUCGCAAGGAACAAGGGUAUUGACAUUAUCACAAAUGAGGUCUCCAACCGAUCAACUCCAUCUCUAGUUGGAUUCGGUCCCAAGAGCAGAUAUCUGGGUGAGACGGCCAAGACACAGGAGGUCUCCAACCUCAAGAACACCGUCGGUUCGUUGAAGCGUCUCCUCGGUCGUACGUUCUCAGACCCAGAUGUCCAGAUCGAGCAGGAGUACAACACGGCUACCCUGUGUGAAGUCAAUGGACAGGUUGGUGCUGAGGUGACCUACCUCGGGAAGAAGGAGAAGUUCACUGGAACGCAACUGGUGGCCGCCUACCUGAGCAAGAUCAAGGACACCGCCUCCAGGGAGCUCAAGCUUCCCGUUUCCGAUGUCGUCCUCAGCUGCCCGCCCUGGUUCACUGAUGCGCAGCGGAGAGCUAUGGUGGAUGCCGCCGAAAUCGCCGGUCUGAAGCUGCUGAGACUUAUGAACGACACGACUGCCGCCGCCCUGGGCUACGGUAUCACCAAGCUGGAUCUCCCCUCCGCGGAGGAGAAGCCCCGGAGAGUGGUCUUCGUCGAUAUCGGACACAGCAACUACACCGCUUCCGUUGUUGAGUUCCGAAAGGGCGAGCUCAAUGUGAAGGCGACCGCUUACGACCGUCACUUCGGUGGUCGCAACUUCGACAAGGCCCUCGUCGACCACUUCGCCGAUGAGUUCAAGGAGAAGUACAAGGUCGACAUCCGCGCCAACACCAAGGCCUGGGCCCGUACCCUCACUGCGGCCGAGAAGCUGAAGAAGGUUCUGUCCGCCAAUGCCCAGGCACCCCUCAGCAUUGAGUCUCUGACGGAGGAUAUCGAUGUGCGUGCUAUGGUCAAGCGUGAGGAGAUGGAGGAGAUGGUUCGCCCCCUGUUGGAGCGCAUCACCGUGCCCCUGGAGCAGGCUCUCGCGGAGGCCAAGUUGAAGGUUGAGGACAUCGACUACAUUGAGAUGGUUGGUGGCUGCACCCGUGUUCCCAUCAUCAAGGAGACCAUCAGCAAGUUCUUCGGAAAGCCUCUGUCCUUCACUCUCAACCAGGACGAGGCCAUUGCCCGUGGAUGUGCUUUCAGCUGCGCCAUCCUUUCCCCCGUCUUCCGUGUCCGUGACUUCGCCGUGCACGACAUUGUCAACUACCCCAUCGAGUUCACCUGGGAGCAGUCCCCCGAAAUUCCCGACGAGGACACCAGCCUUACGGUCUUCAACAAGGGCAAUGUCAUGCCUUCCACCAAGAUCCUCACCUUCUACCGCAAGCAGCCUUUCGACCUCGAGGCUCGCUAUGCCAAGCCUGAGCUGCUCCCUGGCAAGAUCAACCCCUGGAUCGGACGUUUCUCCGUCAAGGGUGUCAAGGCUGACGCCAACGAUGACUUCAUGAUCUGCAAGCUGAAGGCUAGACUGAACCUUCACGGUAUCCUGAACGUGGAGAGCGGCUACUACGUUGAGGACGUUGAGGUUGAGGAGCCUAUCCCCGAGGAGGGUGAGAAGAAGGAGGGCGAUGCUAUGGAGACCGAUGCUGCUACUGAAGGCAAGAAGACCCGCAAGGUCAAGAAGCAGGUUCGCAAGGGAGACCUGCCCAUCUCGACCGGCACCUCCUCCAUCGACCAGCAGACCAAGGAGGCCUGGACCGAGCGUGAAAACGCCAUGACUAUGGAGGACAAGUUGGUCGCCGAUACCGACGAGAAGAAGAACGAGCUUGAGGCGUUCAUCUACGAGCUUCGUGACAAGAUCGACACUACCUACUCUGAGUUCGCCAGCGAGGAGGAGAAGGAGAAGAUCCGAGCCAAGCUGUCCUCUACGGAGGACUGGCUCUACGAAGAGGGUGAGGACACCACCAAGGCUAUCUACGUUGCGAAGAUGGACGAGAUCCGUUUCCUGGCUGGUCCUGUUAUCCAACGCUACCUGGACAAGGUCGAGGCUGAACGACAGGCCAUCCUCAAGGCUCAGGAGGAAGAGGCAGCCAAGAAGCGCGCCGAGGAGGAGGCCAAGCGCAAGGCGGAGGAGGAGGCCAAGAAGGCUGCUGAGGCUAAGCCCGAGGCCGCUGACGCGGAGAUGAAGGAUGCUCCUGCCGGCGAGACUACCGUUCCCGCGGAGAACGCUGAGGUUGAGGAGAAGCAGUAAAUGCUGCCUUGAAUGAUGAUCUUUCUUGGGCUGCAUAUGUUUUACAUAGGUCCUGAUGGAUGGCGCGGAUUUGGAGUGUCUGCUUCCCCGAUCACGAUGUAGAAUGCGUGUGCUUGUUUUUGUAUUUUCCCAUUGUGCUUCUUCCCCCAUCGUUAUUCUGAUCUAUGAUGCCGGUGACGAUGCACGGACAAAAAAGAUGAGGAGGAGCAAUAAAGAACAAUAAUUGAGUUUUCAGACUGUGGAAAGGAUGGAGCUCCAUUCAGACAUGGAGCUUUUUCCUUUCCUCUUUCAUGGCCUGAUAGAUGUCAGGUCCUAGAGUUGAAAGAAGCUGCGACAUAGAGAGCUUAUGAUUAGCGAGAGAGGGAAAUUGGCAAUGGUAUUGAUUUCCUUCGACGGGAAAGGAUUUGAUGAUAACAACUAGGAGAGUAGCAGUAGUAGUAAUACGUUAUAGACAGAAUGGAUCAUUCACUGUCGACAUUCUAUGG